AACUUCAGGGUACAUUUUAGCGCGCGCAACCUACACAAACUGUAGUGCUUCAGCUUUUUUUUUUUUGUCUCCUCGUCACUGCGGGCUGGCGGGUACACCAGGCUUUGACCCGAAGCAGGAUGGCGACAGAAACACACAGACACAUUUCGGAGCAGGAUCAGGUCGAAAACACUGAGGACAGAGUUGUGAGGAGGGACGGUGUUUUCCGCUCCACGCUGCGCGGCCUCUUCUGGCCAUUCGGCAUCGUGGUUCGUGCAUACCGUGGGUUUUGGUGGAUGCUGGGCUUCCGGCAGCCCCAGGAGAAAGCACUCGUCUGCCCGGCGGUUUCCAGUCCUGGGCGCCAGAGCCUCGCCGGCCGUAAACGCCUGCGCAGGGUCACCCGACUGCUGCUGUCCAUCCUGCCCCGCUGGUUGCAGGCCCGCCUGGGCUACCCGGUGUCCAGCAGCAUUGGGCGCUCGCUCUCCCCGGCUUGUUUGCCGACAGAAAUCAGAGUCUCUCCUACUAAACCUUGCGGAAAAGGCAGCAAAAGAAAGCAGGACGAGUUGGACGAGGAAGAUGAUGAUGAAGAGGAGGACGAGGAGCGUCAGACCUGGGUGGAGGCGCUCACUCAGGAGCUUGCUGAAGACGACGUCCCUGAGGAGGAUCCUGACUAUGAGCCCAGUACAAUAGAGACGGAGAGUGAAGAGUACCGCUCGCACAACAAUACAGAAAGUGACCUUGAGAUUCAGGAGAAGGGCUUGGUCAUUAUUGAAGAUGUGAACACGGGUGUCGAGUUGUCCACUCGAUCUCAAGUCUCUUGCCCUGCUGUUUAGUGUGGUAUUGUUUGUGGUUUUUGUAUGUUUAUAUAUUCAAUAAAACUUUAGUCUUUGCCUUGA